AUGACCUUACCCAGACACCUGGGAUCGAGGACGCAAGCGGAAGACAAAGGUUAUAGUCUGCCAGACACGAUAGAUGAUUCGUUCCGUAACACGUUGGGCCUCCAUGGUGAGAUGCAGCCGCCCAGUUGCACGGCCAACAAAGGCCCUGCAUUUCCAUACGCUAUUGAUGGCGAUACCCUCUUUCAUGCAGGCCUGUCUUCGAUGAAGCCUGGCAGUCUGCCUGUCCGCCGCUGGACAGACGACAACCUUUCAUCUUUUCAUCCGGGCCCAGCCCUGACCCCAGAGUCACUGAUGCAUCAACAGCAACACCAACUCCAGCAGCAUGACCAUGCCUUUGAUGAUCACGCGAGCGAACUGCUAUUAACAGCAGCAGUAGUGGCAGCGGCAGCGGGGCCAGAAGGAGGAGGAGGUAGUAGUGGUGGAGGAGAAGGAGGAGGACAAGACCUGUUCAAUGUCGAUUCCGGUAUGCUGUUUCAGGAUCCAAAGGGACAGCUUGUUGAGCGUCCGUCCUCGCGGCCCACUGUCGGCAACUGGAUGAACCAACAGAUGUACAAGUAUAGCCAUAACCAGCAGCCGUCUGCAACAAGAAGACAAUCACGCCAGCAUAAAUCAAAUGGACAGCCUGCCACGUUGACAGCAAUAAACGGAGAUCUCCUGUUCUCAGACCAUCCCGCUCUCUCAUCCCCUCCUCCUUCAUCGUCUUCAUCAUCGCCCUCUCCCGCAACACAAUACAACUGGUUUCAGCAGCGUUUAGAGAGCUUUGGCCUUCAGCAGAUCGUCCAGUCUCCGGAGUGUCUUGACUCGACUACUACACCUAUGUCCCAUUCGCAGACUCCUCUGGAUAGACGCGAGAGCCUGUCACAUCUAUCUACCGUCAGUGGAGGAUCAAGCCAUUCACCUCUCAAUAGCAGCACACCAAUGUCAACACCACGGUACGGUCCAAGUAUCAUGAGCCACCCAAUACAUAGCUCGCCGGUACCGGUUACAAAUAAUAUCUCAGAGGCUUCCCCUUGUCAGAAACAACACCAACAGUAUCAAGACCCAUCAACCGUUGCGUCGGUAGCAAGCCACACAUCGCCGCCUCCUCCACAUCAGAUACUCCCUUCUCAGCCUUGUGACGGCUCAUCGGCCAGUUCAUGGCAUCCAGAGAGCAUGGGUGUCUCUGUCUUUCACUGUUCUCAGCCCAAUCUCCAAUCUCAUGAGCCUGAGCAAUGGUGGACAACAACCUCGAACAGGAACUUACAGCCACCCUUCCCUCAUGCAGGUUACUCCUCAGAAAUGACAUCUACAUCCCUGCCAUUCCGCCAUCAACACCAACACCAACGAUUCACUCAUAUACCAGAUUCAAUCCAAACCUCAGGCCUCAUGAUAGGCAUGGAUACCUCCUCAUCUGAAAUCAGCUCCUCCAUCCAGCAGGGCCCCGUUCCCAUGUCUGUGUCUCAACUAUCUGGAGCCGAGGUAGCAAUUCCACUAGCCUACUCUCUCCCUUACGUCCCACAGCAUCAUCAACGCUCCCAUCAACAUCCUCCUCCUAUCCAAACAGCCCAUAAUACACCAGUUUCGCUUUCCCGCUCGGCACCAACGAUAUCUGCAGCUCCUCGCUCAGCCCCGGUAAUAUGUAGAAGAAUGGCACACGGUUCUACUCCCCAACAAUCGCCUAAAUCAAGAUACCAUCUCCCACCACAGCAGAGACGUGCUCAACACGCCCGCAAAGCAGCCAGUUUCUCCGGCCAACUAAGUAAAUGCACUAAAUCAACCUCAUCCAAUGGCCCUACACAUAACGGUGUCGGUAACAGCAGCAACAGCACCAAUACCAAUAACAACAAUAAUAAUACCCACGGCUACAACACUGUCGUCAACAGAGCCGUCAAGAGCGUCUCGUUUGUCAAUUUCACUCCCGAAGAUAGUCACAAACUGCUCACUGGCGUUGCACCAAGCGGAAGUUCCAAGACCAAAGCUAGACGCGAGCAAGAAGCCCGUGACAAGAGACGAAAGCUCUCUGAAGCUGCUCUACUAGCUGUUCGUCGAGCAGGAGGCGAUGUCGAAGCCCUAGAGGCCGUUUUAUGUUAA